UUUUAGUGUCUAAGCAGCAAUCAAGAUUUAUAAUUAUCUUUACAUUAUUGGGUGAAAUGAACUGGGUUUGUUGUAACUGCAAGAAAUAAUGUGCCUAUUGCUUAUUUGCUUCAAUAGAUGAGUUGGUUGUCAUUUCAAAAGCAGCGGCGAAAGAGAUGGUCUCAAGAGGGUUUAUUUAGGGAGUGAGAGACAUUGUGUGAAAGAAUUAGAAGGAAAUUUUGGUGUUUUGGGCAUGCCCUUGUCCUAAAAUGUCUUGGAUUCGAUAUCAAAUCAAGAAGAAAGAUGAUGGCAUGAUCUUUUCAUCUCAAUCUCUGGUAUCUUUGGCUGCUUCUUCUUCUUCUUCUUCUCCUUCACCAUCUUUGCCAUAUAACAGUAAUUACCAUAAACAAUCAGCCCCAUUGUCUUCAUCUGCUAACAAAGUGAACCCGACUAUUCUUUUUAUCAUAGUUAUUCUAGCUGUAAUUUUCUUCAUAUCUGGUCUUCUUCAUUUGCUUGUAAGAUUUCUUCUAAAGCACAGAUCUUCCCCAUCAGUCUCGGAAUCUAACAGAUACCCAGAUAUGUCUGGGUCUGAUACUUUCCAGAGACAGUUGCAACAGCUAUUCCAUCUUCACGAUUCUGGUCUAGAUCAAGCUUUCGUAGAUGCUUUACCGUUGUUCUUUUACAAAGAGAUUGUGGGUCUGCAAGAGCCGUUUGAUUGUGCUGUUUGUCUAUGUGAAUUCUCAGAACAGGACAAGUUGAGGUUGCUUCCAACGUGUAGUCAUGCUUUUCACAUUGAUUGUAUAGACACAUGGUUAUUGUCUAAUUCAACUUGCCCUCUUUGUAGAGGGACCCUAUACAUGCCUGACCUUGCCUUUGACAACCCUGUUUUUGAUUUUGAAGAUCCAAGGGAAGAAGUUACCAUUCCAAGCACUGGAGAAAUUAGGGUACCACUUGGUCCUAAACUUUCAGAUAAUGAGAUUGUCAAUUCAAAGAGGGUGUUCUCUGUGCGGUUAGGGAAAUUCAGAAGCACCAACAACGAAGGAGGAGCAGGGGAAGUGGGUGGAGGACUAGAGAGACUAAAGGGAGAAACUAGUAGUAGCAGUGAUUGUAAUAGUAUCAAUUUGGAUGGGAGGAGAUGCUACUCAAUGGGAUCAUACCAAUAUGUGGUUGCUGAUUCAGACCUGAGAGUGGCCUUAGUCCCAACUAGAAAUGGUAGUACAGGCAGUAUGAGGUUAGUGAAAAGGAGAAUUACCCAAGAUGUGAAUUCAUCAGUUGAUGAAGAUUCUGAGGGGAAAAAGAUUAACAUGAGAAGUAAAGGCGAAAGCUUUUCUGUUUCCAAGAUAUGGCAAUGGUCUAAGAAGGGUAAAUUCCAAAAUUCUGCAGAAACCCAGAUGGGUUCUUCUCCUGUUACUGUGGGACUACCAUGGAGUGAGACAACCCAUGACACUUGAAAGUUUGGAAUAUCAAAGUUUUUCUUUCUGGCUUUUGCUUUCUCUUUUUCUUUGAAUAUAAAUCUUCUUUUUACAAUGCACUAGCUAUGGAAUCUGCUUC